UAAAUAAAGGGUGGAAAUCAGUUCUUUGUCUCUGGUAUCAGUAAUCGCAAAUCAUAAAGCAAAUAAAGCAAAAUUUAUUCAGUAAAAAAAAAUUGAAAAAGCAUUAAAUUUGAAAUGUUCCUCUCCUGUAUUAGAAGGAAGGCUGGCACGGUUGGCGUAAACAGAUAUCUGGUCCACGGUCUCACGUGUUUCACAUCUCCACUUCUUCACAGGUCCUUCAGCGGAGAUAUGUCUUUGAAGGUGGAGAAGAGAGAUGCGGACAACGACAAACCCAUCACUCGUGUUCUCUUUUGUGGACCACAUUUUCCAGCUUCACAGAAUUAUACUAGAGAAUACUUGGAGAAGUAUCCUUAUAUCCAGGUUGAUGAUGUGCCCCUCAAGGAAGUUCCAGAUCAUAUUGGGAACUACCAUCUUUGUGUUGUGAAGAACAUGCGGUUAGAUUCAAAUGUCAUAUCUCGUGCAAAUCAGAUGAAGCUAAUAAUGCAGUUUGGUGUUGGCCUAGAAGGUGUUGAUAUUGAUGCUGCUACAAAGCAUGGGAUUAAAGUUGCCAGAAUUCCUGGUGAUGCAACUGGAAAUGCAGCAUCUUGUGCUGAAAUGGCUAUAUAUCUAAUGUUGGGCCUUCUCCGGAAACAGAAUGAGAUGCAAAUUUCAGUAAAGCAGAAAAAGCUUGGAGAGCCUGUUGGGGAAACACUUCUUGGGAAAACAGUCUUUAUAAUGGGAUUUGGAAAUAUUGGAAUUGAUUUGGCAAAGCGCUUGAAACCAUUUGGUGUUAAGAUUAUUGCUACAAAAAGGAGCUGGGCGUCAAAUUUGCAAGUUCCUGUCCUAAAAGCUUGCCCAAUUCAAAAUGGGGUCGUUGAUGAUUUGGUUGACAAGAAAGGCAGUCAUGGAGAUAUUUAUGAGUUUGCGCACCAAGCUGAUAUAGUUGUUUGUUGCUUGAGUUUGAAUAAAGAAACAGUUGGCAUUGUAAACAAGUCCUUCAUAUCUUCAAUGAAAAAGGGAGCCCUUUUGGUAAAUAUAGCUCGAGGCAGUCUUCUAGACUAUGAGGCUGUUGUGCAUCAUCUUGAGUCUGGACACUUGGGAGGCUUAGGAAUUGAUGUUGCAUGGACAGAACCAUUUGACCCUGAUGAUCCAAUUUUGAAAUUCAAGAAUAUUAUAAUUACACCUCAUGUUGCUGGGGUUACUGAACAUUCAUAUAGAUCAAUGGCUAAGAUUGUGGGUGAUGUUGCCUUACAACUUCAUGCUGGAACUCCUUUGACUGGGAUAGAAUUGGUCAGUUAAACCUAUCAAUCCAUUUAGGGUUCAGUAGAUUUAUCCUGGGGUUGGCUCCUGCAAAAUUCAGGGUAUGUAGCCCCUUAAAAAAAUUGCCUAGCUAAAGGAAGUUAAAAUAGGUUCAGUAGAUUGCUCUGAGGAUCCUCCUAAGAUAUGUUCCUCUACUUCCAUGUAAAAAUAAAUUAUUAAGUUUGGGCUAUCCUGAAUAUCCAAGGAUAAUUUAGGAGACUGAUUGACAUUUGAUCUUAACAUUGACAUGGUAUGUUAGACGGUAACAAUCUUUACAUUUUUAUUCAGGUGAAGAGUGGAUAUGGUCUAGCUCUUAUCUGUAUUGGUUCUAA